AUGCCACCAAAGGACGAUAAGAAGAAGGAGGACGCGGGCAAGUUGGCCAAGAAGGACAAGGACCCCAUCAACAAGUCCAGUGGAAAAGCCAAGAAGAAGAAGUGGUCCACAGGGAAAGUAAGAGACAAGCUGAACAACCUUGUUCUGUUUGACAAAGCUACUUACGACAAGCUGUGCAAGGAGGUGCCAAACGACAAACUCAUCACACCUGCUGUGGUCUUUGAAAGGCUGAAGAUUCGAGGCUCCUUGGCUUCUCAGCAAAGGCCUAUUCAAACUGGUGUCCAAUCACAGAGCCCAGGUCAUCUACACCCAAAACACCAAGGGGGGGGGUGA